AUGAAAAAUGUUUAUUUAAUAUUGGCUCAUUUUCCCAAACUUUCCCAUGAGGAGGGAAAAUAAAACCCAAAUUAGGAGGAAGGUUUCACUUUGCCACCUACUUUCCCAUGGGCAGACAACGAUUUCCCAUGCCUGGACUUACCAAACAUGGGAAAACAAUUGAUUUCUCAUCCUCAAGUCUCAUUUCCCAUGAACCAAAAGAGGCCUUCAUGUGUAGGGGAUUUUGUGUUGUUCAAUUCUUUUAAUUGUCCUUGUUGCUAAUGAUUUCUCUAUAUUGUCUAUAAAAAAAGAAAAGAAAAAAAAAGUAGGGGAAUUUACAGGCCUCCGCAGAUUGAACAUGGCAGCUACAGUUUCCCCGAUUGCAAAUCUUCAACUUCUUAACUAUGAAGAUUGGAGUUUCCGAAUGAAAGUGUACUUGUUAGCUGAAGAUGUUUGGGACGUUGUGGAAGCCACCACCAAACCACCUAAACCAGAAGAUGGUGAGGUUGAGUUUAAGGCCUGGAGGAAGAAUAAUGCCAAGGCUUUACUUACAAUCCAGACAUGUUGCGGGGAUGAUAAUUACCAUUUAAUCAAGGGCAUUAGCACUGCCAAAGCUGCGUGGGAUACUUUGGCUGCAAAUCUAAAGCCUUCUGAAAAAGGUACGGAAGUAAAGUCCAGCUGUGAUGAAAGUGAUACCAUAGGUACGGAAGUAGAGUCCAGCAGUGAAAGAGGACAUAAUAAUAAUAAUAAUGAUGAGAGCGCUGUGAAUGUGAACCAUGGUUGUUUGUACAAAAGUUUGAACUCUGGUGAUUGGAAUGCUGCAAAGAAGUAUAUUGAUCAACACUCCGGCUCACUAAAACAUAGAGGUUCAUCAAGCGGUGGGACAGCUCUUCACGAGGCAAUCGAGAGGAAGCAGUCAGAAAUUGUAGAAGAGUUGUUGAAGCUGAUGACCAAAGAGGACUUGGAAAUUCAAGAUGACCAUGGUUUCACAGCUUUUUUCUAUGCUUUGCAAAAAGGAAAGGCCAAAAUAGUUGCCAGCAUGAUUAAAAAGAACGAGAAUUUAGUUACCAUGCGUUGUUGCGGCAAUAUGACUCCAGUUGUAUUCGCUUCUACUUCGGGCCACUGGGAAAUAGCUCGCUUUCUCUAUUCUCAUACUCCAAUCCAUGUUUUGACUGAAGACUAUAAUGGCCGCGAUGGUGCUGAACUUAUUUCCCAGUCCUUUGUCCACAGAAAUAAAUAUGAUAUAGAUAUUGGAUGGAAAUUACUUCAGAAAUGCCCAAAAUUGGUCCUUACUGAAGAUUACUUCGAGCAAUCCCCCCUAAAUGCAAUGGCUGGUUUCCGUUCCGCAUUUCUAAGUGGAAUUCCCCUCAAAUUUUGGCAACGCUGGAUCUAUAACAAUAUACACGUACAACCACCUCAACCUUCUCCUAUCAACUCUGAUGUUUGUGUAAAUUUUGAAGAACUAGAAGAUGACAAAAGAAAUCGAAGGGAUCUCAUUUCCUCAGAUAUACACGUACAACAACCUCAACCUGCUCCUAUCAACUCUGAUCUUUGUGUAAAUUUGGAAGAACUAAAAGAUGACAAAAGAAAUGGAAGGGAUCUCACUUCCUCAGUUAUAGGUUUCUUCCAAGGAGUUGUCAAGAAUCUUCUCAAACUAUUAGGAAUCCAUAACUUGCAUGAAAUGAGAUUGCGCCAUGACCGAAUUCUUCAAUUUCUACCGCUCGUGUGUGAAGUGGCAACAUGUAGAAAUCUUGACUGGAAGCAAACUGCCCUCGUGGAAAGGGCAAUCUUCCGAGCUGUAGAACGAGGACAAGUGGAGUUUAUUAAGGAGAUGUGUAAGGCAAAUCCAAGAAUCCCACUAAUGACGAAGGAUGAAAGCGGCAGGACACUAUUGCAUUAUGCCGUUGAAUGUCGUCAAGAAAAAGUAUUUAAUUUUAUAUAUGGGCUCAAUAAAUAUGAUAGGGGUACUAUCUUAACGAGUGCAGAUGGGUCUAACGAUACAUGUAGGACUACUAUCCUACAUGCAGCAGGGAGUUUAUCUGCCCAUGUUAAUCAUAUUCAAGGUGCAGCUUUGCAAAUGCAAAGAGAGCUACAAUGGUUCAAGGAGGUGGAGAGUAUUUUACCCCCCCAGGACAGAGAAAUCAGAAAUGUUACUGAGAAAAUGACAGCACGAGAAGUAUUCACUAAGAACCACAACAAAUUGCGGAAGGAAGGAGAAGAGUCAAUGAAAGGGACAGCAACUUCUUGCACAGUCGUAGGUGCCCUCAUUGUUACCAUUAUGUUUGCUGCUGCAUUUACAGUUCCUGGUGGAAGCAAUCAAGAUACAGGUUUUCCCAUCUUCUUAAGAAAGAAGUUAUUUAGGAUUUUUAUAAUUUCAGAUUCUAUAUCACUCUUUUCUUCGACGACAUCAGUGAUGAUAUUCUUGGGAAUUCUCACAUCACGUUAUGCAGAAGACGAUUUCCUUAGGUCUUUGCCCACAAAAAUGCUAUUAGGCCUUUUCACCCUUUUUUUAUCUAUCGCCACCAUGAUGGUUGCUUUUUCUUCAACUCUUUUUAUUAUGUUUGAGGGAGAAUCAUGGGUAUCUAUUCCAAUCAUCUUGCUUGCCAGCGUUCCAAUCGCCUCGUUUGUGUUGAUGCAAUCCCCCCUCUUUCUUGACAUUUUCAUGUUUACCUAUGGAAGAGGAAUACUUGACAAGAAGUGCAGAGCCUGGGAAUAAAAUCCUGAUUAUGCGGUAUGAUGUUUGUCUUAUGAUGUCAUAUGAUGUUCGUCUUUAGCUUUGUCACUUUUAAGAAGUUUUUAUGAAACACGUAAAGAAAACACAAUAUACGUAUGUGUUUCUAUAUGUAUCUAUUUCGUUCAAGUAAAACCAUCCUUGUAAUUAACUUUUUUUGAUGCAUACAUUUUUGUUUGAAUGUUUUA